AUGCUUCGGCAAGCACAAUUCCUAUCGACGUCCAAGCGACUGUUCUCGAGCACUACCCAACCACUUCGACCCUUCCGGGCAGCUCCUCUGAUCUCUUCUACAAGACAAUUUCUGUCUCCACGGGUGUCUUUUGCUUCUCAGAUUGCGCCCUUCUCCUCAACUGCGCAAAGGAAGAUUCUGCCGCCUGGUCCGCAGGUCAUCCAAGGAGGAGUCAACGACCCUGCGCCCGUGCCAAAGCCUGACCCCCUCCAUGGAAGCUAUCACUGGACAUUUGAACGAAUCCUGUCGGUGGCAUUGGUCCCCUUAACCAUCACACCUUUCGCUGCCGGCUCGGUCAGUCCGACGCUGGAUGCAGCUUUGAUCUUUGGCAUUUUGAUCCAUUCACACGCGGGUUUCCAAUCAAUCAUCAUUGAUUACAUUCCUAUCCAUCGUCACCCGACCAUGCGGCGAGCCUUCAUGUGGCUGUUGAACCUAGCUACCCUUGUUGUGGCGGUGGGCUUUUACGAGUUCGAGACCAACGAUGUUGGUGUGGUGGAGGCGAUGAAGAGAAUAUGGCAUGCAGGUGCGAAUGAUGCCACGAUUGGCAAGGCCGAUACAUCGAGCUUGGGUCACGAUGGAAAACUCAAGAAUCUGAAAUAA